UUUUUCUUAUCGACAUUUGUGGUAAAUAAAAAGUGAAAAAACCGCUGCUAAAUCGGCCGAGAAGUGCAAUGAUAUAGCCGCCAUAUCUGAUAUGUCCAAGCGCAACAUAACGUACGUGAAGCCGCAAGAACCUAGUUUUCUGGCCAAGUUGAAGGCUGAAAUUGGCUACAAGGAGGGACCGACCGUAGAGACCAAGCGUCAGCGAUUGGAUCCGCAGGACCAGGAGGACUACGAUUCUGAGGAGGAUUCGCGAGAGGACGAACAGCCGCAGGUGGUCGUCCUUAGGCCGGGUGAUCUCUCCGCCGAAGAGGCCAAAACGGAGAAACUGUUGGCCUCCAAAGAAUUAGCCGAAAAGCGAGCGGAUCUGGCGCAGCCAAUAGUCUUCAAACAGCGUGUCAAGCAGCCCAACAUCGAGAAAAAAGAGUCCCAAUCUGAAACCAACAGGAAGUCCGAAAAAUCCAGCACAUCCAAGAGCAAGAAGUCCAAAGCCGCCAGUAGCAAGCUGUCCUUCAACGAGGACGAGGAGGACGAGACGCCCGAGGAUUGAAGAUCAGACCUUAGUUAUCUGGCUAUAAGUUGCACCAACCAAGUUAACCUGCAGCGAAUGAUUAA